CGUCCAGAGCGCUCCAGAGUCAGAGGGCUUAUACCCCGCCAGUAAGAGGUUUACCUACGCUGGCGCCGAGGACCGUGUCAGUGGAUUGUACGACUAAACUCCUGUGAUUUUAUUCCCACAAGGAAGACGGAGCGACGCCUCACGCUGGAGAUCUCCAGCGUUCUGAUGUCACGUUCCCAAAGUUUCUGACAGAACCCACCGACAGCAGACGGCGGGGCCCGCCAGAGAUCCCACCCUUCAUCCCUUCUGUCUGAGGAGGGAUAAAGACGAGAGCAGGUUUGCGUUCUGAAGGGGGAAGAGGAGCCGCUGUUUACUUGGAUAUGGCUUUUCUGUGUAUGAGAGAAAGACACACAGAGCUGAUCUGAGGUCAAGGUCUUCCUCCUCCUCCCCUCCUCGCCCCGGAGUCACAAGACAGCGUGAGGCACAACCCCUUGGGUUGCUAUCGCUACGCUGACCGAGCUAAAUAUUUGUAUUCUCACUUGGAGGAGCAAAAGGAUCCCCUCGGUUGGGAGGGGAAAAGAGCUUCUUAUCACGGGAGUUUUGCUUUGCGAACUGUUCGUCUACAUUCAACUUACUUUCCUAAGAAACGGACUAAUACCCAGACAUAAAGAGCUGCCUCCCAGUGAGUUGAACGGAGGACACGUACCCCUCCUCUCAGAUUAAGAGUUUUCUCCAAAUCACCUUGCGUGAAGCAGACGUCGGACGCAAAAAUGCCGGCAAAGACGCCAAUGUACUUAAAAACGACGACCCCCAAGAAGGGGAAGAGGCUGAGGCUUCGUGACGUCCUCUCGGGCGAUAUGAUAAGCCCGCCGCUGGGCGACGUGCGCCACAGCGCCCACGUGGGGCCCGAUGGGCAGGGCGACAUGUUCGGCGACGUGGGCUUCCUGCAGGGCAAGAUGGACAUGCUGCCGGCUCUGAGUCGGAUGCAGGACGGCCGCUCGCACAGCGUGGAGAGGCGGCUGGAUGAUGGCCUGGCGGCGAGGCAGGACUCGCACAGCUACGCCUACAAUGGUUACCACUAUCAGCACUCCUCCACCGGCCUGCUGAAGACCACCAUCUCCAUGCCCGUGUUCAUAGCCCACGAGCAGGCUCCGCCCAAACCCCCGCGCCUCCACCUGGACGACCCCUCCCCUCCCUCUCUGGCGUCCCAGCAGAACCACUUCCACCACCAUCAGCAGCCGGCUGACACGGGCCGCAAACAGGCCAACGGCCACACGGACAACCACAGCGAGCUCUUCGAGAACGGCGUGGUGGGCCGCCUGGCGUCAGAGCCCUGCCGCGACAUCUCCCUCUCCCCCGCCGUCCGCAGGCUCGUCCCCUCCUCCGGCUCCUUCUCAGAGGUCUCCUCUGAGGACUCCAUGUCGGAAACCUGCGGGCCCCUGGACGUCCGCCGGGGCCUCAGUCUGGACUCGGACGCCGGCUUGAGCAACGAGGAUCUGAGGAGCGACCGCAGCGAGUCGCCCUGCUCCGCCUUCCAUCCGGCAGGUCUCACGGUGUCAUCCGGGGUCUCGAGGUCAGACUCUUUGGCGGGGUUAGACCUGGAUCUGGGCCCAUCUAUCAUGGAGGACGUCCUGAGCAUCAUGGACCGCUACAAGACUGAGGACGACCGCUGCGAGCUGUGAAGAAAUGUCAAUGUGAUGUACAGAUAUUUUUUUAUACGGAUAAAUAAAUCCCUAAAGACUUUGUUAAGAUAGUAAAGGAGGACAGAAGGAGUGGAGAAGUGGAGAAGACGCUGAGCUUAAAGGUCAUUGAAGGGUUUCAGAAAGGUGAGAAACAGGUGGACGCUGUUGUUAAGUGUCGGGACGUUGCUGCCCGACAUGACAACACCCGAGGCCAGAGGCAGGUCCUUAAGAGCCAUUUAUCAAAACUGAACGUCGUAAACACUUAAAACUGCAAGCUAACAAACUCACCCCCGUUAUCACAAACGCAUCAACCCUUUUCUUUGGACUAAACAACCAGCAUUGUGUCGUCUUCUUAAUCUGACUAAUGCUGAGGAUUUUCCACUCGUUAAUGGUUAACAAAAUGCCAAAUGAGUCGGACAUAAAUGUGUCGAGACUGACCCCGGGAGAAAUCAGCAGCUGUCAACAAAAUUCAAAAGCAGCGUGGAAACCACAGCUACUGAUAAAUAAUGUCCCACAACUUCAGCUGUUCAAGCACAUUCUCAGUCACGCUUAGCUGAACUGCAGACAUGAAGGGUUUCACGCUGAAGGCCAUGUUCUGUCCUAAUCCGUCUCGGCUGCUUGAACAUUAAUACCUUCACUGGUUUACUGUAACGCUUCAAUGCCGGAUGAGAUGUGAAGAAGUCCUCUCCUUCUGUAAAACAUGAAGAUGUAAGUGAUGUAAAAUGGUAUUCACGUAUGAGAACAGCAGCACCAACAUUUCAGUGUCCUUCUUUUGAUCGCAGGGAAACUGGAGAAGCUCCUUCUUGUAGUUUUUACAAAUACAAUUCUAAAAGAAAGUCGCUGAAAGAAAUGUGCUGCAUUAGAUCAUGAUGCAAUAUUCUUUUCUUCUGUCUUCUUACAAACACUCUUCCCCCAUGUCGUGGCUCACUGUUGGUCUCUCUAACAUUCACUGUCUGCAUUAUCACAGUAGCCUAUUAUUCAAAUGUAAUUUAUGCUGUCACUGUAAAUGUACAAAAUAAACGUUCCUAUAAAGAAAACUGAGCUGGUGUGGACAAUUCUUCAAACAGACAAAAGUGUGCUUAAUAAUGAUUGA